CGUUGUUUGUAGAACAUUAAUUUGCAUUGCUCAUUUUGUAUCACUUUGAUAUGGGUUGUGGCUCUUCCAAAUCAGUGGUGAAUGCCAACACGACGCCGACUGCCGUCACGCAACGGCAGGUGGCCAACGAAAAUGAAAACGAAGUAAGAAACAAACAUUUGAUAAAACAAUCAGUGAUGAAGACUGGCUUAGUGACUACUUUAGCUGUUCAAGCUACCGGUGUUGCUGAGCGAACGAAAAUUCCUACAGUGGAUACUGUAGCUGUUCAAGCUGCCGAUGUUCCUGAGCGAACGGAAAUUCCUACAGCAAAAGUCACAUUUGUUGCUGACAGUUUUCCCAAGUUAGACAAGCACAACAACCACAUGGCGAACACGUUGACAAGACAAACGUACGAGCGUUUGUCCAAGUUGGCCACGCCGAACGGAUUCACGAUCGACCGAGCCAUCCAGACCGGUGUCGACAAUCCCGGUCACCCUUUCAUUCUCACUGUCGGAGCCGUCGCCGGUGACGAAGAGACGUACCGAGUGUUCGCCGAUCUUUUCGAUCCGAUCAUCGCGGCACGCCAUAACGGAUUCCAACCGACAGAUAAGCACGUUACCGACCUCGACCCGUCGCAUAUCCAAUGCGAAGUCGACGAACUGGAUUCCGACUACGUGCUGUCGUGUCGUGUACGCACCGGCCGCAGCAUUCGCGGCAUCUCUUUACCACCGUUUUGCACGAGAGCGGAACGACGCGAAGUCGAGAGUAUCGCCGAGAAGGCACUCGGUUCUCUAACCGACAGUUUAGAAGGGAAGUACUAUCCACUAAUGGGCAUGAGUGAAGAAGAACAACAGCAACUUAUCGACGACCAUUUUCUAUUCGACAAGCCCGUCUCUCCUCUUCUCACCGCCUCUCGAAUGGACCGCGAUUGGCCCGACGCACGCGGUAUCUGGCAUAACCUCGACAAGAACUUUCUCGUGUGGGUCAACGAGGAGGACCAUUACCGGGUGAUCUCGAUGGAGUCGAGUGGUAACAUGAAACGCGUGUUCGAGCGAUUCUGCAAUGGUCUGCGUCUCUUCGAGGAGGCAAUCAAGCGAGACGGGCACGAGUUCAUGUGGAACGAGCACUUAGGUUUUAUUCUAACGUGUCCGUCUAAUCUGGGGACGGGAUUGAGAGCCGGAGUUCACGUCAAACUCACUCAUCUUUCAAAUGACCCGAGAUUUGCCGACAUUCUAGAGCGCAUGCGCUUGCAGAAGCGCGGUACCGGAGGCGUGGAUACCGCGUCUACCGACGGAAUCUUCGAUAUUUCCAACAGCGAUCGUCUCGGAUUUUCUGAAGUCGAGUUGGUUCAACGAGUCAUCGACGGCGUUGCAAAACUCGUAACUAUGGAGAAGAAGCUGAUAGCCGGAGAGUCUAUUGACGAUCUGCUAACGUAGUCGGGCACCUCACAGCGUUUGCUACCUAGUUACAUCAUGAGUGUCUUGACAUGUAGACCUUCUAGCUAUCCUCUGUAUAUUAAUAGGACAAAUGUAUAUACACAUUGCAGCAACUUGUAGCUUUA